CCGCGCUGCUCGAGGCCGCAGUGUCUCAGCACACACACACACACACACACACACCUCCCCCACAUCACAGCCUCACUCACUCACGCCCUGAGCACGGGAUGGAGUAAAGCAGGGAUCAGUGCCAAGGUUAUACUGCGCGGAUAGCGAUGACUGGCAAAGCGGCAUCCUGCUUUGUCAAGGAGGCCUGCAGAGAGGGAAAAGCUGCCGCAUACACACAGCUUUCACUGGAGAACACAUCCAGCCAUUAGGGAAGUGUGUAUUUUCUAAAGUUUGUUCCAAAGUCCCCAUCGUACGGAUCUAGCACAUUUUCAUUAUGAGCAUUGCAGUGUCACCGGUGGCCAGUGAGGCUGCCUCACCUAUGAUCACCUCUGUCACUCCCACCUUGGAGUCCAGCCCUAAACAAGGUCCAUGUGGGCCUAAUGAAAGUGGCGAUAAGGUGCUUCAGAGCCCAGAACAUCGCCAGAGGUAUCAAAAACCCCCUCCCCUGCACACAGGAGCUGACUGGAAGGUGGUGCUUCACCUGCCAGAGAUUGAGACCUGGCUGAGAGCUACAGCAGAGAGAGUGAGAGAUCUUACACAGUCUGUGCAGCAGGACAGCCUCAACAGGCACGUGGAUGUUCACCUGGUACAGCUAAAGGACAUCUGUGAGGACAUAUCGGAUCAUGUGGAACAGAUCCAUGCAUUGCUGGAGACCGAGUUCUCCCUGAAGCUGCUGUCGUAUUCGGUGAACAUCAUUGUGGACAUCCGCACUGUGCAGCUCCUUUGGCACCAGCUCCGUGUGUCUGUCCUGGUUCUGAAGGAGAGGCUUCUCCAAGGCCUGCAGGACUCCAACGGCAACUACACACGGCAGACAGACAUACUUCAAGCUUUCAGUCAAGACCACGACCAGGCUCGACUGGACUCUCUGACAGAGGUGGACGACUCGGGUCAGCUGUUUAUUAAGUGUAGUCAGGACUACUUCUCCCUGGAUUGUGGCAUCACCGCCUAUGAACUGAGUGACUACAGUCCCAGUGAAGACCCAGAGAGCCGAGGCCUGGGUCAAGACCCACGCUCCCUCUAUCCUGAGCUGGAGCGAGACUUCCCUGAAUUGCUUCAGAGUGUAGAUAUUCUCACUAUUGCUGCCUCCAGACAGAGCCAAGAAUCAUCCUCACCUACAGAAGAGGAAUCAACCAGAUCCAUCCAGGGUUCUGUGGGUGAACCGACAACAUCCACCCAAGGGCCUGUGGAGGAACCAACCACAUCCAUUCAGGGGCCUGUGGAGGAACCAGCUGAUUCCACCCAGGAGACCCAGAGCUUGCCCAUGGACCAGGCACCAUCUAUAGACACAGCUAUGCAGGGAGAGAACGACGUUGGCCUCUCCAAGCGUCCACUCCAAGGCUCUCACAGUAAUGACAUAUCACCUACUCAGCCCUCUGUGCCCAAGAAGCCCAUGUACAUGGAAGAAUCCUCCCUCCACUACCAGGCUGACAUUAGCAGAAGCACGCCCUCUCUUUUGGAUGUGCCUGAUCGUUCUAGAUUCUGGCUGGACCUGGAGGCAGUGUACCCCAGCAAUGGGAGUCAGUCAGAAGAGAAUCUCCACAUCAUGAAUGCAAAGAACCGGCAAGCGAGUCACCAAGCAGCUUUCCAGAAGCGCAGAGUUCAAAUGCCCAUCCAGAGAAGCUUAUCUGUGGCUGAGCAGGAAUACGAUGCUGAACACAAUAACCUGUACUCAUGCUCAAAGAGCAAGCACUCCAAAACCAUGCAGGUGAACAGUGACUCCUCCACCCCUCCACCCUCUUCAGGGGAGGAAACAUCAAAUCACGAUCCACGUGAAAGCUCUUCCAGUCUGGAUGAUCAUCUUCCUACCACAGGUUCUCUGUGGAUCAUGCCCAAACAGGGCUCUCAUAUCCUCGAGAAGAACAGUAGCCCUAAAGAUGAUUGCUGGUAUGGUUCUGAGGAAUUCCUUGCCCUUCCUGCCCAGCUGAAGAAGACUGAGAUUCUUGCCUCAAAGUUGGAGAGUUUAGCCCAGGCCCUACCCCCAAGAGCCCUGCAACAGUCAGUUCAGGAUGUGGACAAUUGGGAGCUGACUGAGGCCAACCCAGAAUGGGAGACCAACAGCCAUGUCUUUUCUCCCCGGCCCAAUAGGAAGCACUUCUCAACAGGGAGGUUUUCAUCCUCGUCCAGUGAUGUGGCUCCCUCUGUAGGUGAAAGUAUCGAGUCUGGACCCCUCAGUGACUUGGUGUCAGACGACGAGGGUGGGUGGUGUGCACCCAAGUCUCGAAGAGCUGAGAGGAUUACUGUGCAACCUGAGGCCUCCAGGAUGGUGCUCCAGUGUACACCUCUGAUUGAGCAGCUACUGGAAGACAUCCAGCACCAGGAGAACUACCAGGACAUUUGGGGAAAGUUAGAGGGCUUCGUCUCUAAGCUGGAUGAGUUUAUCUGCUGGCUGAGGGAAGCACUGGAGAGCACAGAGAACUGGACACCUCCACGAGUCGAUAUCGACAGCCUCAGACUUUACCUGGAAACACACCUUAGCUUCAAGUUGAACGUGGACAGUCACUGCUCUCUGAAAGACAGUCUACUGGAGGAGGGGAGGCAACUGCUGGAACUCAUCACCUGCCACAAAUCAGGCCUCCGGGACAUGCUCCAGAUGAUUGUGCACCAGUGGCAGGAGCUUCAGAGGCAGAUCCGCCGGCAGCAUGGUUGGAUGCUGCGCACACUGGACACCAUCAAAGCCCAGAUCGUGGCCUCUAAGAGAGAUGAGGACCCUAAAAACACAGAGGACCCCGAUCUCCAUGCCAGCUCUGAGGUGCAGCAGUGUUACAGAGAGGCCCAGAGGGAUAUUCUGGAUCAGAUGAGUGUGAAACUUGGAAGUCAGCAGUAUUGUUCCAGCUCCAGCAGAAACAAAAACGUCUCUUUCAUGUCCAAGUCCAGCAGCCUAUCAGAGUUCGAGAGCGAGUACCAGGGGCUCUGGGAUUGGCUGAUGGACAUGGAGUCCAUCGUGACGGACAGCCAUGAGCUGAUGAUGUCAGAGGAGCAGCAGCAUCAUCUCUAUAAGGGGAACCGUGUGGAGAUGGCCAUGUGGCUCCCAAAGAAAACGCAGCUCCUGGGUUGGGCCGAGAGUCUGAAAAGGAGUAGCAUCGAGCUGCCUGAUGACUUUGAGGACCGCAUGACUGCUCUCAGGGUCAAGUGGGAUCAGCUUGAGAAGAGCCUAGGAGAGCACGUGGAGGUGCGUACGGGUGAGCUAGGUACCCGUGGGCUGCUCUCUCCAAGCACCAGCAGCAUGGUCGCUCAGCUGGAGCUCAAGAUCAAGGAGCUGAAGAGCUGGCUGAGAGACACUGAGCUCUUCAUCUUUAACCUGAGCCUUCGGGAGGACACACGGCAUCACGGCCAUGCAGAUGCCUCCUGCGAUGCCCACCAAGCCCAAUUGCCAGACCAACAACACGACCCACAACCAAACCAUGACCAAGCUCUACAAGCAGAGCCACAAGCUGUCAAGCAGCUGGAGCGCUUCAAGGCUUUAUGUAUGGAAGUGCGAGGUCGAAGGAAGGGGAUGGCCUCAGUGCUGCGCCUGUGCCAGAGGCUCCUGGAAGUGCCAGAGGAGCAAAGCUCCGAGGCCGAUCGUCAAUCUCUACAGCUGCUACAGGUGAACCUCGAGAGACGCUGGGAGGCUAUCAUCAUGCACUUGCUCCAGUGGCAGAGUCACCUCAAGCGCACUCUGGGCCGAGACCAGGUUCCAGGGAACCUGAUUGAACCAUCACUUAUGGAUCUCCGUGGUUCAUCUGAGGACUCUUGGGAAUGGGAUGAGAUGGAUAUGACCAUAGUUAAUAUGGAGUCACAAGAAAGUUAUGAGCAAAACCAUUCAGAAAGGAACCAGGAGGAACAUUUAGGGGGAACCUGCCCUACACAGAGUAGCAGGAGCCUGAAUGCCCUUCAGUCAAAUCCCCCAACUUCCCGUAUUUAUCAGGUGUUCAGUUUACAUAGUAUCGAACUAUACCAACAACCGCAGUACAAUCAAAAGAUUUCUUCAAAUUUAGCCAAACCUAAGGAGAAGCAGUCACUGCUAAAGAGCUUGAGCAAAGACUCUUCCUUCUCCUCAGUGGAAUCACUACCUGACAUCAUAGCAGGGCUUGUGAGUGGGAAACAGGGGUUGCUGACAGAUUCAGCCAGGAGAUCAGAAAGUGAGAGUGGAAUAGUUAGUGAGGGCGACACUGAAACAACAGCCAAUUCUGAGAUCUGUCUGCUUUAUCAGAGUGAUGAUCCAAAGGUUCAAGUUACUCUUAAUCCCCUGAUCCAUUCAGACUCACCUUGUAUAGACAGAGUCUUAGAUGAAGACAUAGAUAAUGUACUGGAACGUGCUAACAAGUGUGCUGAGCUUGGAGACAGUAUGUCAAAGGAGACAAAGGACCAACAAUGUUUCAUUGCAAAGAAAAAAAGAGAGAAACCUGAAGAGGGCAAAAAGAAGCACAGAAAUGAACCAGUGGAGAUUCUUAUUAAUGGGCGCUGUCUCAGUCCUGAAUCUGAGGAUGAGGGCCAUGAAACUGGAGCUUUCAGUGCUGGGUAUGAUGAUGAGGGGAAGGUCCGACGAGAGUCCACUCAAUUAUCUCAGGGGUCUUCCCUAGAUUCCCUCUAUGCAGUGGGUGAAUUCUUUCCAACAGCCAAAGAGACCCUUACACGUAGCAUGUCCCUGGAGAGCUGGCUUGCUCCAUGUAAGAGUUCUGGAGAAGCAGGCAGUCAGGGCAGCCUGGGGGACUUGGGUCUGGCCGAGACCACUGGGGAGCUGAGCAGGAGAACUCUGGAGCUGCUGAAACGACUUGAAAACAUCCAGACUCCUCUUGCCCAGAAGAUCACCCGCAGCAUUUCUGAUGUUACCCUUCCAAGCAGCUCUCUUCUGGGGCGGAGAUCCCGUUCAGGGGGUGCUCCUUCCUCCAUCAAUGAGAGUUUGGCAGCUUCUCUCACAGAGCUGAGUAGCAUUGAGGACUCAUCAGUAACUUCCGAGGAUCUGGCUGUGCAGAAAAACCGCUGCUUGGCAGUCAAUUCCAAUGCAUCCUUCCGGAAGCAUAGCCGCAGCCACCAACUGACAGACGAGACAGACGCCAGUGUCAGCAUGGUGGUGAAUGUGUCAUGUACCUCAGCCUGCACUGAUGAUGAGGAUGACAGCGACCUGCUUUCCAGUUCUACUCUCACUCUUACUGAGGAAGAGCUGGGCAUCAAAGAUGAUGAAGACUCUAGUAUUACCUCUGAAGAGGAGUACAUAGAGGGCACAUUUGCACUGGGACUGGACUACAUGAAGGGCGAGUUUCAGAGCUCGGUCAAACCAAGAGCCCAAAACAGGGAAAAGAAUGAGGCAGAUCUUGGUGAUGAGUUGCAGUGUGGAACUCUGUCAAGAGAGAUUCUGUCUCCUGUGAGGACCAUCAGUGAUCGGCAUUUCUUGAAUCGGGCUGCUCUGAAGCUGUUGGAGGCAAACUCCAAUACGAAAAAUGAUAGCCUCAAGAAACAGGAGGUGGACAGCAACCGGUCAGAUGCUACCAGAAAUUACAUCAGCAGUUUUGUUGACGACAUGGAGAAUGGCAAUGUGGAUAGCUCCCACAUCAAAGGGAAGGAUGAGGAUGAGCUCCUCAGAGAGGAAGGAAGUCUUUUCACUAAGAAGGGAGAAUCUUUUAAGGAUUGCUACACCAUGGAUGAUUUAAAGGGAGAUGUAAUGAGUAUGGUAGCUGCCACCUCCCCAUCCUCAUGUGGGCAGAUAAACUUGCAGUCCCAAGAAUCAUCUCUGGAAGGUCAGCUGAAGGGAGAACUACCAUGCCACAGCUCCCAUCAUCCACCCCCUUCUCUGUCGCCAGUAGAGGAGUGCUCCACGUCUCACCACAGUAUGCUGGGAACAGCUCACAUGAGCUCCCAGGACCAGUCAGCUUCCUUCCUGAACCAUGUCCAUGAAAAUCAUAGAGAGAGCUCAUCAGACUGUUGUAGCCACCAGUCAUUUCCUUCUAAAGAGGAGAAAAGUGAGGAUGUCCACAGCUUUGUGAUGGAGAUCAUCGACAUGACAUCAGUGGCACUAAAAACUAAAGAUGUCCAAGCAGAGCAACCUCAGGAAUCCUCUAGUCCCACCUCAACUUCCCAGAUCAAAGAGAAAGUCCUGGAACAUUCCCAUCGGCCAAUCCAUCUACGCAAGGGUGAUUUCUACUCGUACUUAUCACUUUCCUCUCAUGAUAGUGAUUGUGGGGAGGUCAGUACCUGCACAGAGGAAAAGAGUAGUACCCCAGUCCUCUCCAGAACCCCAGAAAUCCAUGAUGAAGAGCCUCUAUUUGCGGCCUGCACAGAAGAGGUCUAUUUAGGCCCUCCACUCUGCUACAGCAUGUCCAUUAGCAAAAGGCCCACGAGACGCAGCACCAAACUAAUAGACCCCUUCUGUCCCCUGAGCCAAGCACCUCCACCACCCAGUAAUGAAUACCAAAAAGCACACAGUAUUUCUCCAGGAAGUAUAGCUGGAACCCAGCCACAGUGCCAUAAUGAGGCUCCUUAUCUUAAUCCUUUACCAUGUGAAACCGUGAUAGACACUGUUGAAUGUUUUGCAGAUACUAAAAUGCUUGAAUCCAAUAUUUCCCCUGUAAUGACUAAGAUAAGAGUCUCUUGCUCCAGUACAAAUCCUUUAAAAGGGGAAAGCGGACUCUAUAUUAAUCCUAAAAUUAACUGUCCCCCGAUAAGAAAAAAUGAUAGGGAUGAAAGAGGUGAUGCUUCACAGUGGAUGAAACAGAAGAAUGUCAGAAAAGGGCGCAUCUCUCCUCAGGAAGCCAAGUCAACUCAUAAACAGUUGGCAAGGUCUGAGCGUGGUGCUGGACCGGUGGAGACAGACCGCAGGGUUUUGCUCAGCGCGCGCCGUUCAGACAGCGCACCGGCAGUGAGGAGUGGAGUGAGCAGCAGACCCCAGGCCAAGGUUCGUAUUAGACUCUCAGGAAAUCUUGCUAUCCCUGCCUCUAGGCCCUGACUUUAGUGGUUCUGUUGCUGCAUAGUUAUUCUGCGAGCUGGGAUCUUACCUCGAUCCUGGUGCAUGGACCUUUCACCUAGCACUGCAAUACGGCUCCAGUGCUCACUCCUGACUAUUGACCCCAAAGACUUCAUAGUGGCACCAUUCUUCUGUACUCACUGCUCAUCCUGGACUGAGCUACCUCAUCGUCUUCCACCGAACACCCCAAGAAUACACUACACUAUUGUACUCUCAAACACACACACACACACACACAGUAGCUCUCACUGUCACAAUACCUGCACAUGGCUUUGCACAUCUGUAUUUGUCAUUUGCAAUUUGAGAGUCAGAUGUGAGGUGCAGCACAUUGUAGAGGUCCGCGUUUAGACCACAUAUACAGUAUGUGACAUUUGUCUCAGUCAGUCUGUAAAAGCUCCAGUUUUACUCAGUUCCACUGUACGUAAGACGCUUUAGCAGACAAAGCCCAGAUCCCCAGACUGUUAAACUAAAUGAGUGUUGAGGAGAGCUAUCUAUGCAGCCCAACAUGUGGGUGUGGUGGUGUGGCAUGGAUAUUCGGCCGGUUGAUGGGAUGCUGUUCACCAUUUCUGUUUCUUUAUUUUAAUCCCCGAAAUUUGGAGAAAAUCAAAGAAGUGUUUUAAACUUUACAUUUUUGUGCCUUGCUGAUAUUUCUUAUAACUUUUGUUAAAAACACUGCUUUUUUCCCUGUUCAGUAAUUAGUAAGAGAGUUUACUUACAAGUAAGGUUGAGGCUAAUGAAUGGGCAUCUGUAUAUAUGUAUACUGUACGUUCAAAUGUUGGUGUACAAUGACAAUAUGAACUAUUCGUGUUAGUGUAAAACUCUGUUCUGUGAUGUGGAUAAUUAUAAGCCUUAACGUGCUACGUUGCAUGGUUGAGAGUAUACCAACUCUUCAGAAAUAAACAUAAUUUAUUGAAAACUGUCUGAAAUGUGCACUUCUUCCAUUAGUAAUACUAUAAAACAAUACUCCAUCUGUCAGACGUUAGCAGAACGUUCAGUAAAGUACUCAACAGUUUCUCGCAAAGUAACUACAAAAAUAUUCCCACAAUAAUGUUUUGAAAAUGGUCUGAAAUGUGCACUUCUUCCCAUUGUUAAUAAGCACCUUAUAAAUAAAAUUGAAUGGAAUUUCCAUAAUAAUACCCAUAUUAAUAAGCUUACCCAGCUAACAGAGAACAUUAUCAAAAUAUAACUGUAACUACAAAUAACUAUAUACUACAAUUACAAUACUGCAGCAAUGUUUUAAAAACAUGGCAUAAUAAGGUACUAAUGUAUAAUAUGAUUAUAUGUAUGAUAAUAAUAUAGAAUUUUCCCUGCACAAUGUUCUUAGUUAGACAAACGCUAACAGUAUGAAAAUGUUUGUCUUAAUGCUCCUACAAUUAAAAUGUCACAGCAAAUGUUUGUAAGCAU